AGUCUGUGGACGCCUGUCGUCGUUGAUUGACGACUCCGAGAAAUAAAAGCAAGCGGACGCAUUUUAGUUAUAGUAUUUGUGUUGUAUUUUAGUGAAAAAUGGCGAAAAGGAAAAAUAAACCAUUAAUAGACUCAGACUCCAGUAGCGAGUGCUCAGAUUUGGACUCACAAUUCCUGAAUUUGGCUAAGAAAAAGAAAAAGCCAGAAGACUCCCCUCCACAGUCCAAGUCAAAGAAGUCUGGCUCUGGAUCUGACAGUGAAUCAGACUGGGAUGAUGAUGACAACAAAAAAUCUAAUUCAAAAUCCUCAUCCUCCUCGGGGUCAGACUCGGAGAGUGAUGCCAGAAGUGAUACAUCGAAGAAAAAAGAAGCACCUCGCAGUACUAGAAAAACAUCCUCAGAGCACUCAGAUGACAGCCAAAAGAGAGUGGAGCCUAAAAAAGCAGAGAACAGGAGGAGCACUGAUAGCGCAGAGUCUGCUAAGAAGAAGGAGACUUACAGUGAGCCUGAAGAAGGUGAAGUAUCAUCACAUUCGUCAGACAACGACUCCAUUGAUUCAGAAGAAGAAUUCGAUGACGGGUAUGACGAGAACCUGAUGGGGGACGAGGAGGACAGAGCGCGGCUCGCCGCUAUGUCGGAGAAGGAGAGGGAACAGGAGAUAUUCAAGCGCAUCGAGAGGAGAGAUCUCAUGAAAACCAGAUGGGAGAUCGAGCGCAAGUUGCGCCUGGCGCGUCGUUCUGCGGCGCUGGGGUCGGUGUCGCCGGGCGAGCUGGCGCGCCGCCGCGACGCGCGCCGCCGCCGCCGCGCCCAGCGGGACGCGCGACGCCGGGACCGACAGCGACAGCCUGCUGAGACGGAGGAGCGGAUGGAGCCUGCCCCGCCCGCGGAGCCCGAACAGGAGAAGGAGCCCCCCCCGCCCAGCCCCGGGGAGAUACUCGACGACAACAAGGACACUGAUCGUUCCGAGCGUGUCGGGUCCCCGACGUUCGGCAAGACGGAGCGCAAGCGGAACGUGGACGACAAGCGGCAGAACGCCAUGGCCGCGCUCCGCGCCCAGCGAGACGCCAAGGCCACGCGCGUCGAGCUCUCGCGACAGCGCCGCAGGCAGGAACAGGCCUCGCGGGACGAUCACGACACUGACGACGCGGACGCAGAGAUCAUCGGCGGGUCGAGCAAGCAGAGCGUCAAGCUGAAGGCGUCCGACAUCUACUCCGACGACUCCGCAUCCGACUCCGACGACAACAAGUCCCAGGGCCGGCGCAGCUCGUCGAGCUCAGCGUCGUCGGGCGGCGAGGAGGACGACUCCAAGCGCGAGCGGGAACAGGUCGAGGUCAAGUACGCAGACACCAAGGAACAGAUCAACAAGCUCAGGCUCAGCAGGUUCAAGUUGGAGAGGUUGGUGCACCUUCCGUUCUUCGCGCGCGUCGUGACGGGCUGCUUCGUCCGCAUCGGCAUCGGGAACAACAACGGGAACCCCGUCUACAGGGUGGCGGAGAUCGUGGACGUGUACGAGACGGGCAAGGUGUACAACCUGGGCGCGACGCGGACCAACAAGGGCCUGAAGCUGCGCCAUGCCACGCAGGAUCGCGUCUUCCGUCUCGAGUUCGUCAGCAACCAGGACUUCACCGACACAGAGUUCCACAAGUGGAACAAGGCCAUCAAGGACGCCAACAAGAAGCCCCCCACCAUGGACUUCGUCCGGAACAAGAUACAGGAGGUCAAGGAGGCCCUCAUGUACGAGUUCAAGGAGGAGGACAUUGAGAAGAUAGUAGCGGAGAAGGAACGGUUCCGGUCGCACCCCACCAACUACGCCAUGAAGAAGACGCAGCUCAUGAAGGAGCGAGACGUCGCCCAGCUCAGAGGUGACGAUGAGACAGUGAUGGAGCUGAACGCAAAGAUCCAGGAACUCGAGGAGCGAGCCAGUCAGCUCGACAAGACGAGGACUUCCUCCAUACAGAGCAUCUCCUACAUAAACAACAGGAACAGGAAGCUCAACGUGGAGACCGCGGAGAAGGCCAUCAUGGAGGAGGUGAAGGCCAACAAGGGCAAGAAGGUGGACGAUCCCUUCACGCGGCGGAGUACCAAGCCCGUCAUGAACUUCAAGUCCGGGGGCAGCAAAGCACCGGAGGCGCGGGCCGAGGAGGCGCCCCCCGAGCCCAGCGCCCCCAGCGCGCCCCGCGCCCCCGACCGCGCCCCCGAGCCGGCGGCGCGGCCCGCGCGCCCCCCCGCGGCAGACGCGGCCCGGCCGGGGGGCGGGGGCGCAGGGGGCGCUGGGGGCGCGGCCAGCCUGUACUCGCUGCACGACUUCGACAUCAGCAUCGAGCUGGACCUGCCGGCGCCGCGCCCCCCGCCGGCCGCGCCCCGCGCGCCCCCGCCCGCGCCGCGCGACCCCGGCCCGCGACGCUCCCUCAACCUGGACGAGUACAAGAAGCGCCACGGACUUAUAUAG